CACAUCCUCAUCAGCAGGCCCCACAGCAGCGCCAACAAAAACGGAAGUCAGCGCCGACGACAAGGCGAAAGCCGAGUCACUCAAGACGGAGGGCAACAAAGCCAUGUCGUCCAAGGACUACUCGACCGCAAUCUCCGCUUACUCCUCUGCCAUCGAGAUCGACCCAACGUCGCCAGUAUACUACUCGAAUCGCGCUGCCGCCUACUCUCAGGUCGCGCAGCACAACAAGGCAGUCGAGGAUGCCAAGGCGGCGCUGACAAUUGACAGCAAGUUCGGCAAAGCGUACAGCCGCAUGGGCCACGCGCUCUUUAGCCUCGGCAAGUACGACGAGGCCGUCGACGCGUAUGAGAAGGGGCUCGAUGUCGACCCGACCAACAGCGUCAUGAAGAGCGGGCUCGAGACAGCCAAGAAGCAGCUUGCAUCUUCGUCCUCGUCGUCCGCGACCUCGAGUGGCACCGAUGCGCUCGCGAGGGAGGCAGGCACCGAUGCAGGGCCAGGCCUCGGCGGCUUCCCAGGCAUGGGCGGAGCAGGCGGCAUGCCGGAUCUUUCGUCGCUCCUCAACAACCCCAUGCUCACGCAGAUGGCGCAGAACAUGAUGACCAAUGGCGGCAUGGAGCAGCUCAUGUCAAACCCCAUGAUCAGGCAAAUGGCCGAGCGCAUGGGCUCCGGAGGAGGUGGCAUGCCUGAUAUGUCGCAAAUCCAACAGCUGAUGCAAGACCCGUCGAUGCAGGAGAUGGCGCGCAACAUGAUGGGCGGCAUGGGCAGGGGUGCGGGCGGAGCCGGCGAUGGGGCCGGAAACAACAUGUACGGCUGAACUCGUUAGAUAUUACGUGGCAAUUAGCAGAGGGGCACAGCACUUCUAUUUUGAAAUCUUCAUGGACAUGCACCGGCAUUCCUCGUUGGUAUUGGUAGUGUGCAAUAGUCGGCACAAAGAGUUGG